AUGCUAACUUGGUGGCAUCUUGCGUGUAUGACCGCCUUUGUCAAACUGACAAAGCAGGAAUUACUCGAAUACGGUUUUAGAAAUCAUAUUUCCCGUCACUGGUCAUUCUUUUAUGCCGCCGACCGUGUUUUUGGCAUAAUUGAAAAAAAGUUGCGCAGGAAUAAGGUCAUACUGAAACCAACAGAAAUUUCAGACAUUAUAUCUGAAAAAGUAACAUUAAGAAAAAUCGGCACCCAUUCUCCAGUCUGUGACUGGAAAACAGCUGUAAAAGACAAUGACUGCCCAUUGUGGCACGAGUUGAGGUAUGGAAGGAUCACAGCUUCAAAAGCUUAUGAUGCUGCACAUUGUAAUACUUUUGAUGGAACGUUAACGGAGACCAUUUUGGGAGCAAGUAAAUUGAGGGACACGGAGGCUAUGAAAAGGGGUAGAUUGUUGGAAAGCCAGGUUUUAAAGGAAGUAGAAAAAAUUUGUAAAAUAAAAAUAAAUAAAUGUGGAUUAAAGUUAAAUACUGAAUAUCCUAUUAUGGGUGCUUCUCCAGAUGGUGAAAGUAGUGUGUAUAGUAUAGAAAUAAAAUCAGAAAAAGAUGGGACGAUAUGUCAGUUCAGGAAAUAG